AGCAAAUCAAAUCAAAUGUAUGUAAUGUACGCAUUUUUCGCGAUUGUUUUCGAGUUAAUUUAUUUAGAUUAAACGUUUUGUGACACUUUUAUGCGAUUUAUUGAGAGAAAGCCUUAUUCAGUGAUAGUGAUUUGCGUUCUAUUGUAAAUUAGCGAUAAAGAUGGCUAUUUUAUGGAGAAAAGCGUAGCGUCGAAUUGGAGUCAUUGGAAAGCUUGUUAUAAUAUUAUUAAAAAGGUCCCUAUGAUCGACCAUGGGCUCGUCACCGCCCUACUUCCCCGCGCGGGACAGCCCCAGCAUCCUCGAGCCCGUCGAGGACCCCUCUCCGCCACGCUCCCCCUCCCCCGUCCUCCGGGCUCCCUCCCCCGUGCGGCUCCAGCACUCCGGCACCUACACCCCCCGGGACAACAGCAACGGCAGCUUUCCCAACGAUGACAACAACUCCAACUCCAUAGACGGAGUCUUUCCAUCACCUUCCACUUACACAUUCGAUCCUGAAGAGAGUGAUUCCAGUCUAGCGCAGUGGCCUAGACGAGACAAUGCAGCCCCGAGCCCUUUCGUCUCCAACGAAAACAGUAUGUUCAGCACAGCCAUGUCUAAUGAAGAAUCAAACUCUUUACCUGAGGUUAGUGUGCGCGGGGAAGGCAGCGAACGAGGAGAUGACGCGGAUGAACCACCAGCGAAGAUCAGAAAGGUCAGUUCCCCUAAACAAUCACCCCAGCAGGACGAUGGAGAUGGAGAAACAUGUCCCAUCUGCUUAGACUCCUGGUGUACAUCAGGAGACCAUAGACUAGUAGCCUUAAAAUGCGGACAUCUCUUCGGUUUACGCUGCGUCGAGCGCUGGCUUAAAGCACAGACGCAAAGAGAACGUUGCUGCCCGACUUGCAAAAGCAAAGCUACCAUGAAAGAUGUCAGAAACAUCUACGCCAGGAAGAUCAUUGCUGUUGACACUUCAGAGAUCACAACGAUGCAGAAACAAGUCGAACAGGUGACUGUUGAAAAGAGCAGAGUAGAACUAGAAUUACAGAAGUCUAAAAUAGCGCACCGUGCAUGUCUUCAGCAGUUAGAGACACUUAGAAAUACGUUGUUAAAAGCACAAGUUAAACCACAGGUGAAGAGAUCUUGGCGCUUCGCGCUGGAGAAGAAUUUAGAGAUCUGCAAAGACGGUGGCUGUAGAGUUAUGACGUACAACUGUCGGACUUAUGAGCUGUACGUGUCUCAGAAAAGCACCAACGGCUUGUUUCCUGGUUACGGCAUUAGGAAAGUGAGUUGCGUGGACUAUAAGCAAGGACAAUUCGUGCACUUACACCCCAAACCUAUUAGAGACAUAUCAUAUUCCCAACCUAAGGACUUACUUCUAAGUGUAGGUUUGGAUAGCUGCGCUAGAAUCGUGGAACGUGGUAUCCCGAGUACUACAGUCCAAGCGGGUGUACAACUCUGGUCUUGUGCUUGGGACGGUUUAAGAACUAAUGAAUUCUACGUGGGUGGUGUCGGAGGGUUCAUCCAGCAAUACGAUAUUAGGAAUCCUAGUUCGUACAUCCAGCAGUUAUCGGCGCCGGGAGAUAUGUCACCAGUAGUGUCCUUAUGUCCUACGGAAUUCGGUCUGUUAUCCUGUAAUUUAAACUCGUGCUGGUUGUGGUCGUGGCGGGGUAACGGGCAGUGGGAGCCGAGGAGUUUGCCCGUGGAAGGUCCUUUUAUGUCGAUGUGUUAUGAUAAUGAGACGCGUAGAGCUCUAGUGUCGUGUAGGCCUGCGAAUGGGGAGCGGGCGAGACUGUCCUUGUGUCAGUUUAGGAAUGACGAUGAUGUUACGUGCCAUGUUGAGCAGACAUUUCAAGGAUCUGUAAGAAGUUCUAUAAUGUCGAGGGCCGCUUGGGUUCGCGCUGAAGGGGCGACUUGGUUGGCCUCGCACUCCGAGUCCGCUGGUGCGUUAGUUCUGCACGGGCUGGACGGCGCCCGGGGGGCGUCGCUGCCGGCAGCGGAGCCCGCGAUAGACGUGUGCUCGGUGCAGCUGAACGGAGAUACGUUGCUGGCUGCGUUGUCGGAGGCGCGACUGAGAAUAUACAAGGCUGUGCCUACAAGUUAGAGCUUAGAAUAACGAUCUUGUCUUAGGUUUGCAAUAAUUUAUGUGAAAUCGAUUUGGACAAAUAAAUGGACUCUGAAAUGGGCUAGUCUCAUGUAUAACUUAAUUGCUCAUGUAUAAAUAAUCGUAUAAUUUCAAAAUUGACAUUGCACGUAAAAUAUGGUCAAUAUCGAAAUAAUUGUGUACAUCUUCAGUUAUGUAUUCAUUUUAGUCGGUUUUUCAAGCUUGUUUUAUAAAAUAAGAGAUGAGUAAAGCUCAAUGCUCAUUCAAUAUAUGUGUUGUGGACCCAUUUCUUAGUAGUUCUACACUAGUACUGAUAGCAAACAAAGCUAAAACGCCACUGGAUAUUUUAGUGCUGUCCCCAUCAGAUAUAUUGGAGCGACCAAAGUGUUCACAAGUGUGUGAACAAAGCUAUUAUGAAGACGUUAAUGUCCAGUGCAUGACCAGAUAUUUUUAAGUAACUUGGCUCGAUAUAUCUGAUGGCCACUGUACUUUAUUAUACUAAGACUUUAGCAGCUAAUAUUGAACUCCACGGUCUCCACGUUACAUUUUAAUUCACACGCGGGAAUAACAUGAUGAUGGAAUCAUGUGUAUGUAUAUGUAAAACUACUUGACAUUUUUUUAUUAUAAGAAAUUACCCGAAUACACCUUACUGUUUACUGUACAGUCGCCAUCAGAUAUAUCGGAGCGGCCGAGGUGCUCACAAAUAUGUGAACACGUCUCUAUUGUCAAGGCGCUAGAGUGCGUGUUUAGAUAUUUUUUAGCGCCUCGGCAGUUCCGAUAUAUCUGAUGGCCACUUUACCAAACUGAUAGUUUUAACCUCAGUAAGAACUCUUUUGCCUAACUUAAAUGCAUCACAAUUCUCAAGUUACAAUUAGUAUGUCAGAAGUCUGACUAAAUUAAUAUGUUUGUUGUUUUAUAAUUUGAAUUGUAAUUUUGAAUGUUUAUAAUUUGCUUGUAAUUAAAUAUAAAUGUGAUAUGUCAAACGAUCAUUUUGGAGAUUUCGAAUAAUGGACGUAAGGACUCAAAUAAAGAACCGUUAACACAAACCCUAAAAAGGUUCGUUGGGGUAACAUCUAAAGCGGGUUAAUUUUGAAAAUAUCUACUGAACUCACUAUCUACUAUAACUAUUUUGAAGCUACAGUAAGCAAGAUGCCUUGAAAAACUCAGGAACAAUAACUGGGCUCAUCACAUUAAUAAAUGCCCUUACUAGGAGUUGUACCCGGGACCUUCGGUAGGGCAGGCUCACUAUCGACCGAAGAUAAUUUGAAAUAGACGUGGAUUGUCAAAAAAAAAUUGUAGCCGCAGUAAAUUUACUGCCAUCUUUCGACACACAGUUUUGUUUGACAAUACACCUCUAUUUCAAAUUCUCUUUGCUCUGUCGGCUAAGCCAAACAGCCCCGCUAUCCCGCUUUUAGACGUUAUUCCAAUGCAUCUUAUAAAAACUAAAUUGCACGUGCGUGACGGCAGCUUUUGUUUUUCCGAAAAUAAGUACGUCUCCUUUGACCGAUACGCAAUAAUUUAAUAAUAGGUUGUAUUUUUGGUAUAUGUGAUGGUAUGAUAUCCAGAGGCCUAUUCGACUGGUAGGACGAGCGACGCGUGUGAUGACAAGGUUGGAUGGUGGCCACGUCGCGACCUGUGGUGGCUGUGGCUCUUGACUAGUCGAAUAGCCCCCAGAUUUAGAAUGCUGUGUAAAGUGUAUGUUCUGUUUGUAAAUUUGUUACCUCAUCUAGUUUAUUGUGUAUGGAAUAUGUGACAUGUAAUUAAACGAUUUUAAUGACUAACUAAAAUAAAUAUAUCAUUCAUUUUCAAA